AUGGAGCAAGCUACAUAUCCCGGAGAUGACAUCAUCCCUGAUGCUGAGAUGAUUUACAAUCAGACCCGAACUAUCAGCGCAUCAGCAGCAGACAUAUUUCCAUGGGUCGUACAACUAGGAAAAGGUCGCGGAGGCUGGUAUCUUACAUCACGCUGGGAAAGGAUGCUGCCCAAGUCAUGGGUCGCCAGCCGUGUCAUCAACCCAACUUUUCAACAGCUCAAACCAGGAGAUCGAGUACCCGACUACGGAACAAAGGAUGACUAUUUCGAUGUUGUCAGUAUUGACCCACCUCGGUCGCUUAUCUACGAAAGCCUCUGGUUCGGCACAAAGUUUACAUGGGCCAUACUGCUUCACGAGACCGAAUCGGCAACUGGUGUAUCGACUGUCGUCCAUCUCCGGUUUCGUGGCAAAAUUGCGCCUACGGGACUGAGGCGUAGAGUAAUUGUCUGGCUUGGAGGUAUUUUGGACCACACUACAACAGCGCCGAUGCUAGCUGGGUUGGCUGAGAGGGUGGAGAGGGAGCAUGUCGACUGA